AUGCAAGAAUGGGCUUCAGACACAACGACUAUAGUAGCAUGGAUCUAUGCCCUGCCGCUGGAAAUGACAGCAGCAAAGGUCAUGCUGGAUGAGGUUCAUCCUUCACUACCCCAGCCAGAAACCGACCAUAACGUCUACACACUUGGGAAUGUUACCGGCCCCGAUGUGGUGGUCUGUCGAUCGACAACUUCUCUAUGGAGGACGUUGGCAACUAUUCCAGCCACCAUCACGGAGGUCGACCAGAUCAAGGCCUAUCAGGUGUCCAGCCUAGAUUAUGAGCUUGGUUAUCUUGGUGCCGAAGUGUACCGUAGUGGACAAACCUCUUCUAGUCUGUUGCGGUUAUUAGCCAGUUGA